CAUGAGAGAAUUUAUGCAGUUGCAAAGACAUGGUUUAAGGUAGCAGUAGUAGUGCUGGUGGUUUUUUUUAUUGUGGUUUAAAAUGCAGAGCACUUUGAAUUAUCUUAGGUGUCUCUGAGCAUUUGGUUUCAUGUCAUGGAACAGGGAACGAGUUUCGAGAAAUGGCUACUUUUGUUGUUGUUUUUGGUUUGUGCAUUUUGUUAUUGUUGCACUCAUGCAGGUAUGGCUGAUACAUCUUUGUUUUUUGUUACGUUUCGUAGAAGAAAAGACCUGUUUCAAGUUUUGGCUCCACUGCCUUGGAACUCUAUUGGUACUAUUGCAACACUUUCGCAGGAGAUAAUCUACAUAUUAUCAUGUCCUGUCGCCACCAAAUUUAACUCCUGCACAAUCAAAUCGACUCUGCAGCGCUCUUGUUCUUCUUCAGUGUGUAGCCUCUCACCCCGACACGGGAAUGUUGUUCCUCUAGGUUCAUGUACCGUUACACUAGUAUCCUUUCCUCAAUACGGGGAGCAAGACAAGGCCGUUCAAGUAUCUGAUACUGACCAGUCUUGGUGUUUUUGGUGCCCCGGUUAAGGUGCUUGAUUCAGACCAACAUACAAUACUCUCAUAUCUCAGUCCAUCGACUUUGCAUAUGUGCAUAUGCAUGCAAUUAAAUACUCGAUCCUUGACUUUA